CCGCAGCGCCACCGCCGCCACCGCCUCCGCCGCUCCCGGCUGCCAUUUUAAGGUGAACAAAGCGGCGGAGGAGGUGGCAGAUCAGCUUAAGGUGACAACCUUGGGGCCAGCGCAGGCCUCGGGUAAGCACUUGGCUGCUUUUGUUAGAAUUCCAACAAUCCCAGUUAAUUCUCAGCCGGCUCUGGCGUACUGGGGAGGGGACAGCAAGCCUGGCGUGGCUGAAGUGGCACUGUCUGUUGAGUCACCUCCCGGCCGUGCCUCAGUUUCCCUACGGAGCUGYGGUGACUCUGGGCAGUGACGAGGGGAGCAAAGUCCUCUCUGGUGACGGAACCUCCCACAAGCGGCUCUGGCCCUGUUCCUUUCAGGCUCCCCCAGGAUGUUCAGCAAGAAACCCUACGACAGCCCCCCCACYGGUUACGGGCCCCCCAUCAGUUACGGCCCGCCCACGGCCUAUGGACCACCCACGGGGGACUACGGCUACGAUUUCGGCACCCGCUCACCACCACCGGGCUCCUACUACAUUGAGGACGUGCCUCAGCACUUCUACAAGUGGUCAUCUCCUCCCGGUGUGGUGCGGAUCCUGGAGGCUGUGGUCAUCCUGCUCUGCAUCGCUAUCUUUGCCUGCGUGGCCUCCACACUGGCCUGGGAAUACGGCUACGGCUUUGGAGGCACUUUUGGAAAUGGUUUAGGGGGUUUUUACGGCUCUGGCUACUACGGCAGUGGGGUGAAUUAUGGAUAUGGAUAUGGCAGCUACUACGGUGGCAUGACCAACCCGCGGGCGGCCAACGGCUUCAUGAUCGCCAUGGCCGUGCUCUGCUUCCUGGCCCAGCUGGGGCUGCUGGUGGCCAGCCUCAGCAAGGCCAGUGGCUCCCGCUCACGCCGCUUCUACCUCGUGGUCAUUGUGGCCUGUGCUGUGCUGGCCUUUGUCAUGCUCAUUGCCACCAUCGUCUACGUGGUGGGCGUCAACCCCCAGGCGCAGAUGAGCGGCAGCUACUACUACAGCCCGCUGCUGGCCAUGUGCAGCCAGGUGUACAGCGGGGGUGCCGUCCUCAGCCAGUACCUGUACCACUACUGCACCGUGGACCCCCAGGAGGCUGUGGCCAUCGUCUGUGGCUUCCUCAUUGUCCUCCUGCUGUGCCUCAUCUGCUUCUUCGCCCACAAAACGCGGAGCAAAAUCUGGAAAUACGGAAAACCCAACAUUUAUUGGGAUAAAAUUCCUGUGGUCCAGGAAGGGCCCAACGUGGAGGAGUGGGUGAAGAACGUGUCAGGUGGAACGAGUGUGCAGGACGAGACCGCCACCGUGGCGUACUCGGAGAAAGGCGCGAGCCCCGUCACGGCCCCGCCCUACAGCCCCCCCUCAUACAGYGACCCCCCGCAAAACGGCUUCGGGCCCCCUGGAACCCUCAGCACCCGCGGGGGGCCAUGGAAAAGUGACCCCCCUCAGGAGCAGCCCCCCAGCCCCACAGAGGGCAAGGGGCGGGAGCAGCCCCUCUCCAAGCCCCCCACCCGCCGGGGCCGCCGCCGGCGCCGCAACCCCGAACUGGAAGAAUCCCAGUAYGAGACCGAUUACACCACGGCCGUGGAGUCCGGGGACGAGCGGGACCGGGAGCCAUGGGACAGGCUGUACCCCCCAAUCUCGUCGGACGGGACGCGGCAGAGGUACAAGCAGGAGUUUGACUCGGAGCUGCGGCGCUACAAGGAGCUCUGCGCCCACAUGGACGGGGUCAACGACAGGCUGGCACAGCUGGGCAAGCAGCUGGACAGUGUCCCCGAGGACAGCGCCCAGUACCAGGCCUUGGCCGAGGAGUACAACCACCUCAAGGACCUCAAGCGGAGCCCGGAAUACCAGGACAAAAAACAGGAAACCAAAACCCUCCGGAACAAACUCUUCCACAUCAAGAGGAUGGUGAGCGACUACGACAAAGUCCGGGGGUGACAUCCAAACCACCCACAAAAAAGGGACAUGGAGAGGGACACCCCAACCGCCCCCUCCCCUCCAAAGACUUUGGGGCAUUUUGUGCCUUUCUUUGUACUCAAAACCCCCAGAAUUCCCACAUUUGAAGCCCCUCUGAUGCCAAGGGGGGGGGGGGGCGCCUGGUGGCAGCUGUUGGUGGGACCUCCCCUAAAUGUCCCCAAAUGUCCCCUGAGCGACACUCCCCUCAGUGCCUUCCCCGUGUUGUAAAUAGGGGUUCUUAGGGGGUCUGUACCCCUCUGGCUGCCUUUAAGGGAGGGGGAUGACAGAGUCCCUCGGGGGACAAAACCCUUUUGGAGACCCUCCCCCAUCCCAAAAUAUUUUAUAAGGAACUGGUGGGAAUUGUGGGAAUUGUGUAAUAUUUUAGUUGGUUUUUUUUUAAAUAAAUGA